AAUAUGAACAUUAUUGUCCAGUAUCAUUAACAUUACGUAAUGAACUUCUUGAUUGUUCAUCUACAACGAGAACUGAUUAUGUUGCCGAAUAUCGAGGACGAUAUUAUCGUAUGGCUGGACCAAAAGAACUUCAACAAUUUUUGGAUGAUUCUGAACAUUUUGCUCCAAGUGAACCUCGUAAAAUAUUACCAGCACCAAAUUGUCGACCACAUCGACGAACUGAAGCAGAAACAAAAGCAAUGUUUCCAAAACCUAUUGAAUUUGCUAGUUAUUGA